AUGGUUUCAGAUAAUCAGCAGGCUGGCGGAAUGUCCCUUGCGGUCGCCUCUCCCCAAUUCGGCUUCGGCUACCGGCCUCAGGUGCCCGGCGGAUUGCGCUUUUCCGAUGAGCAGACGAUCCUUUUUGCAGCUGGAAACCAAAUUGCCAGGCUCAACUUGGAGCAGAAGACGAUGAAAUUUGUUCCUGGAUCUGAAAUCUGCCAGAAGAUCACUUCCGUCGCCCUCUCGCCAAACAACAGGUACCUGGCCGUGUCCGAAAAGACUCACGACGAUAAGGCGCAGAUAAUUAUCUAUGAUUUGAUGACCGAUACUCCUAAAAAGCGAAAAGUGCUUACCAGGGAAGAGUCAGAAACGAAGUUAAUAAAGAUUAACCGUAACACGGAUUAUUAG